AUGGAACCUCUAGUGGAUCCUGAUUUGGACGCUGCUAUUGAGGCCUCUCGCCAAGAUAUGUAUCGCCAGCAGAACAGGCGUCCCUCAUCUCAGGCCUCCCAGGAUAACUAUGUGGAUUUAACCAUUAACUCGGGAAGCGACUCGGACAUUGAGGAAGUUUUCCCCAAGUCAGAGUCUGUGGUUAGUUCUGAGACUGAAGAUGACCAUGAUCGGGAGCAACUGCAACGCGCUCUUGCUAUGUCCAUGGAGCCUAACGAGGAGAUCAAAAAUCCCAAAAAUGCACAGUCUGUCAAUCACGCAAGUGUCCCGCAUGAUGUCGCUGUAGCGUCGGUGGGCUCACUAUUGGGCAUGAACCGGAAGCAGAUGGAGGAGGAACGUCUUGCACGUCUCGCUAAGCGCAAGGCCGACGACUCUUCGUCCACUCCGCCAUCUCAGGGUAGCCGGAAGCUCCCUCGAACUGAGCCACCCCGUCCCUCUGUUGCUAUACGCAAUCCGUUCCAAUCUGCUCCCCAGGCGAGCUCGGCUCGAGUGAGGUCUCAUACCGAAGUCUGCCGACAGCUUACAUCAAAUGCUCCGAAUCACAUCCAACCUACCUCCCGCUCAGUGGCCCAAUGGCCUCUUGGUGCUGUGAAGAAAACACAUAUUACUGGUUUCCCUCGCAGUGGAAAUGAAAUCACAAUUGAGGAAGUCAUCCAGCGAGAUGAUCUGGAGUUAGGCGUGUUUAGCUCAUUUCUAUGGGACAUGCCAUGGCUUUACUCCAAGUUUAAUAAUAUGACAACACGAAUCAUCUUUGUCAUGCAGGCAAAUGAUGAAGAGACGCGAGAGCAAUACCGGCAGGAUGUCAGCAACAUGCCUAAUUUCCGCCUAUGUUUCCCACCUAUGGAGCCCCAAGUGUUCUGUAUGCAUUCUAAGCUGCUCCUGAUGUUCCACCCAGGAUAUCUUCGUAUCGCAGUUCCUUCCGCCAAUCUCACUCCCACCGACUGGGGAGAGGACAGGCUCAUGGAAAACAUUGUAUUCCUUAUUGAUCUCCCCAGGCUUGAAGUCCCUGAUGCUGGAACCACCCCAUUCUACAAAGAACUAGUCUACUUCCUUCAGGCUUCAGACCUCCACCCCAACAUCAUCAAGAAGCUAGAUUCGUUUGACUUCACCGAGACGAAGCGCUAUGCAUUUGUUCAUACAGUUGGCGGAACCAACACCGAAGGCAAAUGGCAACGCACUGGAUUCAGUGGCCUGGGCCGUGCCGUCAAAACUCUCGGCCUAGAGACAAAGGCACCCAUUAACGUCGAUUACAUCGCCUCAUCGCUGGGAAAUAUCAACACUCCAUUCCUGCGCUCUAUCUAUCUUGCCUGCAAAGGUGACAACGCUCUACUAGAGUACGAGCUCCGAACCGCCAACAAGAAAAACACAGAGCUUGUGACAGCGCAUAACAAAGAAUGUCUUGACCACUUCCGCAUUUACUUCCCAUCGGACCAGACCGUGCGAGACGUACACAAUAACCCCAAACACGCCAUUGGCACAAUUUGCUUUAAUCCAGCCUGGUGGUCGAGUGCCAAUUUCCCGCGCGACACGCUUAGAGAUUGUGUCAGUGAGCGCGGAGUCUUGAUGCAUAACAAACUUGUCUUCGUUCAUCCUUCUACGCCGAUCGAUAUGCCGGAUAACAAGGAGUGCCGAGGCUGGGCUUACGUGGGAAGUGCGAAUUUGUCAGAGAGCGCAUGGUGCAUUCAUACCUAUACUUCUGUCGUUGUAAUAUCAAAGCUAACACAGACCAGGGGUCGUAUUGUCAAGGAUCCUAAGACGAAACAGCUGAAGAUGAAUUGUCGCAACUGGGAAUGCGGCGUGCUUGUGCCUAUCAUCAAUGAUAAGAAGGCCCGGGAGAAAGACAAGGGACCAGAAACGCAGGGAACCGUCCCUCCUGCUCCCCUUCCAGCCGAGGUCUUUAGGGACACUGUCCCUGUCCCGGUCAGAGUACCCGCUGUUCCGUUGGCGGAGAACCGAAAGCCCUUUUUCUUCGGGGUUUGA